AUGUGGAUUAAAGGAAUGGACAGUGAGGUGGAUCACGAACUGGCUGAAGGCAGAGCUCAGAGGGUCAUGAUCAGUGCAGCAGAGUCCAGCAGGAGGCCUGCAGUCAGUGGUAUUCCCAAAGGAUCAGUACUAGGAUCAACCUUAUUUAUCAGUGGCCUGGAGGAAGGGAUCAAAUGCACCCUCAGCAGGUUUGCUGGUGACUCCAAACUGGGGACAGUGGCUGAUCCACCUGAAAGCUCUGCUGCCAUUCAAUGGGACCUUGAUCAGCUGCAGGGUUGGGCAGAGAGAAUCCUGAUAAGAAUAGUUGAGUUGGAAGCUGGGCAUGAAGGAACCUUCAUCAGGAUGGAAUUUGUAAAGCAGCAGCAUAACCAGAGCAGCAUUUAUGGUUCACUUGCAUCUUCUCCAAGCAUUAUCUGCAUUGGGAAGUUGCACUCCUUUUGGUCUGCAAGAAGAGAUUACAUAGCACAUGAAGUGUUGCCACAGAAACCUAAACCAUCUGAAAAGCAUGUCAAGAGACAUGAGAAUAUGGAUUUGACCUCCACUUACUCCUCCUACACUAUAUCUCAAGUAUCUUCAUGUCUCUCCUGGAGGAUGAGGAGACAUAUCCCCAGGACCAAGAUGGAUAUAAGAACCACUUAUAAAGAUGACUGUGUGUUACAGAAUGCAAAGACAGAGCAGAUCAGACCAAACAAUAGGUUUGCUCCAUCAAAAGAGAAAUUUUACCACAGAACCAUUGUCCAGAAUGACAGUUUCUACAGGGGACUGGUUGCCACUCAAAGCUGUAAACCUCUGAAUCUGGGCCAGAAAAACAAGGCUCCCUUUGAGUACAUAACCAAUUACAGAAUGAAUUAUGUGCCACCUCCUCUGGUGAAACAUUAUGUCCAUAAAAUUCAGAUAUAUAAGGUCAAUUAUGUUUCAUUUGAUGGCCUCACUACACACAAAUUUUUUUACCAGGGGUGGGCUGGUCAGCCAACUAAGCUUCCAAAACCAUACCAGACAAAACCAGCCCGUUUUCCCUUCUCCACUACAACUGAAUUUCAGGAAAAACACAAAGCUUGACUACAGCCUCCUAUAUUCACCAGAAAACCUGAUAUUUAUCUUCCUCCUCUGGAGAAAAUGGACAUUCACACCACUACUUGGACACAUUGAAAGCACCUAAAUGAAAAGCCAGCCAAGAUGUGUCAAUCUGUGGCCCAGCUUAAUAAAAUUACUGAGCCAUUUAACAGCUCUUCUAUAGUGAAGGAAGACUAUAAGCCUUGGCUAUGAAACAGACUAAAACCCAUCACUCAUGCUCCGACUUUCCCAGGAAAACUAAUAGAUUUCUUGGCUACAUUUUGGACCCAUCAUGGACCUCAUUCUCUCACAGUUAUGUAAACCUACAAGCCUGUCUGGUCAAGCCCAAAGCAUCACAAUCUCCCAGAUGCUAAAACAACCUACACUGCCAGUUACACACCAAAGGGCUUUGCUAGAUGCCUGGCCCCUUGCAAAGACCCACCCAGUUACAUCUUUGAGAAAACUGAUGCUGACAGCUUGAUUUUGUUUGGUAAACAAACUUCUUUUAAACCAGUUGCUGUUUUCAUAUUUGGAGAACUCUUAAAAUAA